ACUGCCGCUCAUCAACACCACACCACAUGUUCACAGAUAUUUUGAUAUGUAACUUUGCGUGCGAGUUUUAACCAGCAAUAUCCUUCAAUUACUGCCCAAUCCAAUAUAUCUAUCGACUGAACUUGUGUCUAUAUGAUAAUAUUAUGCUAUAUACCAGAUACUAAACACCAAUGGAAGAUAAGCCUAAGAAGUUUCUUCAUAUUACUCUUUUUCCAUGGCUUGCGUUUGGUCAUAUGAUUCCAUACUUUCAACUUUCUAAACUCAUUGCUCAAAAGGGUCAUAAAAUUUCCUUCAUUUCCACACCUAGAAACAUCAAACGCCUCCCUCCACUUCCCCAUAAUUUACAACCUUUCAUCAAUUAUGUGGAACUUCCACUUCCACAUAUAGAUCAACUACCUGAGAACGCAGAAGCCACUAUGGACAUUCCAUCACAUAUUGUUCCAUAUCUCAAGAAAGCAUUUGAUGGUCUUCAACAACCUUUGACUCAGUUUUUGGAAACUUCCACUCCUGAUUGUAUCAUAUAUGACUUUGCACCUUAUUGGUUACCACCUAUAACAUCAAAGCUUGGCGUCUUAAGCAUCCAUUUCUCAAUUUUUAGUGCAUCACCUAUGACUUAUAUAGCUGGGAAGUCAAGUGACAAGGACAAUCUUAUUUCUCAUGUCCACUAUGAACAAAAUGAAUCUGGUGUUUCAGAUGUCUUUAGGGUGAAGGAAAUUAUUUUUGGUGUUGAAUUUAUUGCCGUAAGAAGUUGCAUGGAGAUUGAAGGGAAGGCUAUAGAGUCCAUAGAAAAUCAAUGCAAGAAAAAAGUGAUUCCAGUUGGAUUAAUGCCUCCUUCACUAGAAUUCAGUGAAGAUAAAAAGGAUGAAAGCUGGGAUACAAUUCUGAAGUGGUUGGAUAAGCACGAAAAAAAGUCAGUGGUUUAUGUUGCAUUUGGAACCGAAGUUACAUUAAGUGAUGAAGAAUAUAUUGAGAUAGCUAAAGGAUUGGAAUCAUCUAGUUUUCCAUUUCUUUGGAUUGUGAAGAACCGUGAUUGGUUUGUUGAGAAUGAUUCAAAUAAGAAUGGAUUGAUUUGGAGUAAUUGGGCACCACAGUUGAGAAUCUUAGCACAUGAGUCAAUUGGAGGAUUCUUGACACAUUGUGGUUGGAGUUCAGUGAUCGAGAGUCUUCAAGUUGGGUGUCCACUUAUUAUGUUACCUUUCCAAAGUGAUCAAGGUGUAAAUGCUAGACUUAUGGAAGAAAAAAUGGUUGGGAUAAAGGUAGAGAGAAAUGAUGGAAAAAUCAAUAGGGAUUCAGUGGCUAAAGCAUUGAGAUUGGUGAUGGUAGAGGAGGAAGGAAAGAUUUAUAGAAGUAAAGCUGAAGAGAUGAGCAAGAUAGUUGGAGACAAGGAGCUGCACCAAAAAUAUAUAGAUGACUUUGUUGAUUAUGUGGAAUUGCAUAUCCCUGCCUCUAAGCAUUAACGCUUAAGGUAUAAUAAUUUCAUCUUCUUUUCAUUCAAGUGCAUAGGUCUUUAGCUCUUUCUUUCAGUAUUGUAAUGCUACCUAUAUUGCAAACUUGUUUACAUCGCAGUGUAUUUGAAUUUGGUGGUUUCUUGGCUCUUUCUUUAUCUAUUGUAAUGCUACCUAUAUAGAAACACAUAUUGAUGUGAUGAUUUUAAUUGAUAGAUGAUAUGGUAUAUUUAUAGAAUAA